CUCGAUCGCGGAGUCACCGCGGACGUGCGCGCUGCGAUCACGGAGCCCUCAGAGCAGCCAGGCCCGAGAGGAUGAGAAGUCGGCCCGACUCGCGGUAGUCGGCGCGCCCCUCGGCCCCCUGCAGCUUCGCGAGUGUCCCGGCGGGCGAGGCGAGGACGCGCCCGCGACCGACGCACUCCCGGUGAGUUAUGCUCUGCGCCCAGGCGGCCCUCCAGGCGCGCCAACGGUGGCCAGGACUCUGAGGCACCCCGGGAAUCGGCCGAGGAGGCCGCGCGGACCCCGCGACGACGCGACUGGACCCGCCGCCGCACGAGAGGCCCCCGCAAGAUGGCCGGGCCUCGCUGAGAGGCCGCCAGCACGGACGAGCCCGGACACCGCCGAGGCCCGGGCGAGGUCAUGACGCUUUGAGGCGGCCCUGCCGACGCUCGCAGAGACACCGGCCACGCAGUGAGAGCGCCGAUGCCCUCCCGCGAGGCGUGCGGAGGUGAGAGUUAACGGCGAACCGCAACCUGGUCCUUCAGGGGAUGUGUGACAUGUUCAUCCAGGCACAGCAGACGAGCAGCGUCAACGGCAGCAGCAACAUCGCUCACCACCACACGAAGAAGCGCAAGCUGGACUACAACAUCAGCCAGCCGGUGAUACAACACGCGCAGGUCCAGUCGACCAGCGACUACCAGUUGGACAAUCCCGGGCUGCAACGGUACUCCGUAAGCGGUACCAACGCCGCCUUCGGCUCGCUGCACAAUAAUGCACUGCAGAAGAGCCCGAGCCAGCAGACUCUGGUGCGCGCCUCCACGAUCAAGCUCCUAGACACGUACCAACGUUGCGGCCAGAAGAGAAAGACUUGGUCGAGGGAAGGUAAUGGUGAUAGUCAACUGGUAGUCAACUCCACCAAUGCGAGCAACGCACCGGGCAACACUGUAGUGUCGCAGCACCACACGCAACAGCAGCAGCUGCAUCAGCAACAACAGCAGCAGCAACAGCAGCAGCAGCAGCAACAGCAGCAACAGCAGCAGCAGCAACAACAACAGCAGCAACAGCAGCAGCAGCAGCAGCAGCACAAGCAAGCCAACAUGACGUCGCACAGCAAACAAGUGGCGAACACGGGGAACGGCGGGGGAGGAAGCAACCCCCAGGGCGAUGGGGACUAUCAGCUGGUGCAACACGAGGUCCUCUACUCGAUGACCAAUCAGUACGAGGUCCUCGAGUUCCUCGGCAGGGGGACGUUUGGCCAGGUCGUCAAAUGCUGGAAGAAAGGGACUAACGAGAUCGUGGCCAUCAAAAUUCUCAAGAAUCAUCCUUCGUAUGCGCGCCAAGGUCAGAUUGAGGUCUCCAUCCUGUCACGACUCAGUCAGGAAAACGCGGAUGAGUUCAACUUUGUGCGCGCUUAUGAGUGCUUUCAGCACAAGUCGCAUACCUGUCUGGUGUUCGAGAUGCUGGAGCAGAAUCUUUAUGACUUCCUGAAGCAGAACAAAUUCUCCCCUCUGCCCCUCAAGUACAUCAGGCCGAUUCUCCAACAAGUGUUGACCGCACUGCUGAAGCUGAAGCAAUUGGGUCUAAUACACGCCGACCUUAAGCCAGAGAACAUCAUGCUGGUGGACCCUGUACGACAGCCCUACCGCGUUAAGGUCAUCGACUUCGGCUCAGCUUCGCACGUCUCAAAAGCUGUCUGCAGCACCUACCUGCAAUCACGAUACUAUCGGACACCCGAGAUUAUACUUGGACUUCCGUUUUGUGAAGCGAUAGAUAUGUGGUCGCUUGGCUGCGUCGUCGCGGAAUUGUUUUUGGGCUGGCCCCUGUACCCGGGCAGCACCGAAUACGACCAGAUUCGUUACAUCAGCCAGACGCAAGGCCUCCCAACUGAGCACAUGUUGAACAACGCCAGCAAAACGACGAAAUUCUUCUACCGGGACAUGGACAGCACGUACCCAUUCUGGCGCCUUAAGACGCCCGAAGAGCACGAGGCGGAGACAGGGAUCAAGUCCAAGGAGGCUAGGAAGUAUAUUUUCAACUGCCUGGACGACAUCGGCCAGGUCAACGUGCCGACCGACCUGGAAGGUGGUCAACUUCUAGCCGAGAAGGCCGACCGGAGGGAGUUUAUCGACCUCCUGAAGAGGAUGCUGACGAUGGACCAGGUAGAGCGCCGAAUAACACCCGGGGAGGCUCUAAACCACGCCUUCGUUACCCUGGCUCAUCUCGUGGACUAUGCGCAUUGCAACAACGUCAAGGCCUCCGUCCAGAUGAUGGAGGUCUGCAGGCGUGCCGGGGACUUCACGGCAAGUCCUGCACAUCAUCAGGCUCCUCCGGCUCCUCAACCACCUCCGCCGACCUCCUUGGUGGCCAACUUCGUCCCCACGACGAACGGCAGUGCCGUCACGCUUACCUUUAACAAUCAGCUGACCAAUCAAGUGCAACGGUUGGUCAGGGAGCAUCGAACUGCCCAGACAGGAUAUGACAAUCUGUACCAGAUAUACAGCAACAGCAGCCGAAGGCCCACCCAGUACAGCGGCUCGUCCAGCGGAUCGAACAGCGGCAGAAGCGGUGUUCACGAUUUUCCGCAUCAGCUGGUGCCCGGAAUACUUUGCCCUCCACCUGGCUACCAGACGAUGCCGAGCCCCGCGAAGCACGUCGUCGUGGCGCAGCCGCCGCAAGCUCAGCAAGCUCCUCUGCAGAUCCAGCCUUCCAUAAUCUCCCAGCAAGCCGUGGCUGCUGCUGCUGCUGCGGCUCAGCAACAAUACGCCGCUGUUCCAGUGUCCAUGGUUGAGACGGGUCGCCAAAUGCUGUUGACGAACGCCGUGCAGACGUCGUGGCCUGGAGGCAGCAGGCAAAUGGCGGCCAUUGUGCCGUCCUGGCAGCAACUUCCACCGCAACACGCCGCCAUCCAGCAACCCUUGUUGAGCGACGCCGGUGACUGGGGUAGACCUUUGAUCGUAGAUAGCUCUGCUAUAUUACAGGAUCAGCGGCCAGUGUUUCCCGUGACGGAGGUCUACAACACGAGCGCCCUGGUGGAGCAUCCUUCCCAGAGCUGGGGGAAACGCAGCGUGACGAAGCACCAUCAGCACCACCUGACGGUGCCCCAGCAAUCCCAGCACAGGCACGAGCACAAAAAGGAAACGCAACAGCUCAGCCCGGUGAAAAAGCGAGUCAAGGAGAGCACACCACCCAGCAGCAUGAGACGACAUUCGCCGACAAAUGGACACUGGCAGCAGCAGACCUUGCAGACCCAUCAUCACGGAUCGAAACAUGGCGGCGGGAACCACAACAUCGAACAUCAGCAAGUCGCUGCCGUAAGACAGCAGACCAUCACGAUUCACGACACGCCUUCGCCGGCAGUCUCCGUAAUCACCAUCAGCGACAGCGAAGACGAGACACCUGGAAAGUGCUGUGGAGACCGUCAGUGCGGAGCCUGUCAAGGUUUGGCACCUCGCAUGUCUGGCGACGGACGUCCUGUCCGUGAGGAGGUCAUCCGAAGCACCCAGUCGACGCCCAAGGUCGUGCAGAACACCCAGCAACAGGUGCACUCCACUACGCAGCCGAUCACCAAUGGCCACGUGACGUCGUCGCAUAAUGCAGUGUCAAGAGUGCAACGAAAGAACGUCAUCAGCUGCGUGACGGUCGGCGACAGCGACGGGGAAGCCAGUCCAGGUCGAGCUCAUGCCCAUUUGUAUCAGCACCUAUCGCAACACCCGCAACAUCAGCAAACGACGCAGCACAUCAAACACGAGCCGCAGCCACAACACCACGUCAGUUCCGGCUACUCCUCGCAAUCGCAAAAGAAACGGCUGCUGGCGAAGGUGCAAUCCGAAUGCAACAUGAUCAACGUCGCGACGAAACCGGAACCUGGUGUCGAGUACCUUGCUCCUCACCCCUGCCACGCACCGGCCUGCAAAGAGCCCCCGAGUUAUCAGGAUGACGCCUAUGACAUGCAUGACUACUUCUUGCAGUAUGUGACUACGAGUAGCGCGCAUCCCCACCUCCAAGAGCAGCAUAUCGUGUACACGACCGGGACCGAUAAGCGAGUCUCGUGGCCGGGGAAAAGGGCAGAGUACAAGCACGAAUACGUGCAACCGCCAGCCGCCCAUUCGAGAGAUCACCAGAAAUGGGCCGUGGCCAAUCCGGUGCAUCAGUACAGGCAGAGCCAGGUGGUGGGCACGACGGCUCACCCGGGUCAUACCCACAGCCACAGCCACCACGGGCACCCGGCCCACCUGAGUCCUGGAGGCGGCGGCGGGGGCAGGAGUCCCGCGGGAGGGGCGGUGGUCGGGGGAACCCAGCACCUGGGGCAGCCCCUCUACCAGGAGUACGCCCACGUCCGCUCUAGGGCCCAUCCCGUGCCGCCUCCGGUCUACGUCACCGCGGCGCCCUCUCAGGCGCCGACUGCUAUCCAGCAGCAGCAAGUGCCCACCUACCAGGGAUUCACACCCGGGUGGGUACCUAGACACCUAGUAGAUGCAUGCACCUCGUCUCCAUUAACGUUGUAUGAUUCUAGUCGUGCGUUGCCACCCCCGGCACACCACAGCUCGGCCAGGCCUUUAUUGGCGAGCCACGCGGCGCAUCCUCUGCCCGCACAUAUGCAGCCAACCGCGGUCUACGGAUUGGCGCCACUGUCGCCGGCCAAACACCAGUACCAACCCUCCGGUCUGUGGUUCACGGAAUGAGCGCACCCUGGCGAAGUCCCGAGAAAGAAAGAGAAAAGGCCGAGGAGGGGAACGCUGGUCGCGCGAGGUGGAGGCGAGGCUCUGGGGCGAAGUCGAAGGGAUGAACUCGCGAUCGCGGAAGACUCGUUCAGGCAUCUCUUUCAGCCUCUCUUUUAUCCGUAAAAUCCUUAUUAGAGCAGUCGUACAUGACGCGUUUGAUUAAUUAAAUAUGGCCUAGGUCUCCAUGGACGAUGCUUAUCACCGAGACGUCGAAAUUGCUUCCAGACCCAGGCAUCGAUUAAACGGCUGGUGACCCUGACAAGAAGAAACUUUAUCUAACCAGAGAAAUAUUUUCUUAAUUCAAAGAAUAAUUACUUGACUCGAGGAAACUGGAAUUAAUUGGACGGAACUUAUCUUCGAAAUGGUGGACAAUUUACUUGAGUUUGUUUCAGUCGGAUUCUUUGAAUUUGCAAAAUAAUUCUUUGGUUCGAUGGAUAUUUCUUUUUUUUUUUUUUCUUCUUAGGGGGAAAUACCGGCAAACUGAUCCGCAUGAGUUUCACUGGCACCUGGAGAUUUAAAUGCACGGAUUGUAUGUUUGUACGAUUUUGCGGCACGUAACUAUUUCGACGAGCGGGAUUGUGAAUGGGUUUUUGGGGUUUUUAGGGUUUUUUCGUUGGUCGGCUUUUCGAUUCAGCCGUGCCGGAUGUACGCGUUGUUUGAUGUUUCUUGUCGGAGGUGAACCUCAAUUUAAUGUUUUCUCUUUAUGCAAAUUGUUCGCUACGAUCGCCCCCGAUCUUGCCGAAUGGCGCAUUUAAUUCACUCGGUAGUGGCUCGAUCGUGAUUAAGGAAAAGUUAGUUGAACUCACAUUUUCUCGCCGAUGUCGCGCAAUGCUGGUAACUAGUUUAAUGGGAUUUUAACGAGACGACAAACUUCGACAAUCCGUCCUAAAUUCGCGAGCGAAUCUCCCUUAACAGCCCCCGAGUCGCCGUCGAUCGUUCGUGAUAAUAAUUUGUACGUCUUUUUGCAGUUGUACCUUUCAUACGGCUUUUCUUCCUCCGCUUCGUACAAUCACGCGAGGCCCUCUUGCUCGGCGUAAUCAUUAAGACGAGGCUGAUAAAGAAACUUGAAAAGGGUCCCGAGGAAGAUGGAGGAACACGAGGGUCGAUGGUGGUCCAGGGGUGUUUUGCAUAGUUGGGUAGGAUUACGUAGGAAGUUACGUGUACCGAUGAGACCCCGUAGACCUCUCGUUGUCCUCCACUUCCCUAUGAGAUAAGCAAAACUAACGAACUGAUCGAAGGUCGAUUGUCCCCGUGGGUGAUCUUAGGGCCGACGCGGACCAGCCCGCGGGUCUCUGUCCUAGAGUUUUAUAAAAACGUACCAAUUCUUCGUAAAGACUAACGACUAACGAUUAACGAAGUGCGCGUCCUUUUCUAUUAACGACUCAACGCUUAGCCCUGCGUCAAUCGGCCUUAAACUUCGUGAGUUUUGGGAGUUAUUCGAUGACUCGAGUCUGGAAGAACGCCUCAGGGUGCUCCUCCGGUACGAUGUCGUCGGUAUGUCGAAUAUUUGCGGUCCCCAUUGAGAGAGAGACUUGUCUGCGAGAAUAGAAUCCUGACAGGGUUGACGUGGUGUCGAUCGAAGCGGUCAGCGCCGCUCGUUCUUUAGGUUAACUAAGUUUUCGCAUUUCUUCAUGAUAUGUUGCUCGUAUCAUACACAUUGUUUUAAUGCUCAUUAACGAUUUUAGCCCCUCGAUAUGUGUAUCUGGCCGCCGACUCGUCGGCGGUUUACAAAUACCGAGUUUUUAUGGGUUCGAGGCGCCCCCAGCGGAGGCGUCCUCGACUAAUCGUCGUUCUUGUUCUUAGCGAGUCCACCGGGAUGGCGACUCCGCCCCUAGGGGUUUUAAUACUUUUCCUUCGGUUAGGGUUAUCCAGGUUUAUCCGACACGGGGCGCACACGCGAGUGGCUCUCGUCGCAAUCUUGUACAAAGUGUAGCUACUGUUAACGGGUAGAGCUUAGAGGUUAGGUUUCUCCUUUUCUUCGUCAUACCUGGCACAUGGUCGCCGUACACAUCGCAAAGUGACGUCUGCGUUGACGAGGGCUGCCUUUCGACAGCAGUCCCAUUAUUUAUUAUUAAUUAUUACUACUCGUCAUGUUCUCGCCAUUCAGCAUCUCCGAGGCCUGUUUCACUCUUUCUGCGUGUAUUGUAUAUAAGGAACGGAGUCGAUUUCUCGUAAUGUUCGUCUCGUAGGGCCCGAAUUCUAAUCCGUUAUCCUGUGUGACGAUUAUCUGGGAUCACUCGAGAUGGCUUGCUUUAUUUGCGCCGUGAUAGUCUGCGUCGCGAUUAACUAUGCCAAUUACACCGUCGAAUUUCACGGUAUUAUCAAAAAUUAGAAUCAAAUGGCACUGCACCAUGUUACAUAUAUUGCAUCGUCCCGCAAAUAGUUCUUCCUUUUCUUGCGAAAAUGGAAGCCGAAUUUCACCGUAAUGCGGAUUUUUUUUUUUCUUAUUUGUCCAAAUUCAACGAGAAUAUUCGCCGUGCCUCGUCAGAUGUACCGAGUUGUCUCGCAAAUCAUUUUUAUUUCAAUCGAUAAGAGAAAUACCCCCAUUAUGGCGUAACCGAAGGAAAAAAGAGGUUUCAGACCUCCUUAAAAUUCAGACAAUAUUUUUCGCGGGUAAGCCAGUGCUUUUGGUCAUCUCAUAGCCAUCUCAUAACUGGAAGUAAUUGCAAACGCGUUCUCAGAUCCAUCGCACUUAAUUCUUUUCCUUUGUUCCUCAGGAAGUCGAAAUGCACCCCGAUUGGGUUUUUUCUGUGCACAACUUAGUGGAGUGUGUUUUAAACCGCGUGAGUAGCGAAGCUCUUCGUGGCUUUCAGCCCGCAACUAAAGUGAGAGAAAUAUUCAGCGUGCGUUUAACAAUUAUCCUUUUGUAAAUAGUUUCAUCGGUAUGACUCCUUGUGAACUAACUUUCCGGAUGAUUAGUCGUCUCUCUAUUGUGUUGAUUGUCAAGAGAGAAUCUCGUUGUCGCCGCACCAUCGGGCAGGAGCGUGGGAAACCAUUUUGUACAUAUUUAUUGCCGAGACCAGAAUUUACAGGAAUUUCGUUUUGAAUCAUGUUCUUCCUCAACGCACCACUCACGGUUGCCUCGAAGCUCUCGUUCGCAUGAUUAAUUUGUACAUAGCUCGAUCACAUUGCUCAUUACUUUCUCCUUGUUUCUCCCGAAAUCUGGAGCCGGCAUGUCCGAGGUAUUUCAAUUAAUACCGCGACACUCUUUGCUACAGUAUGAUUGCAUCUUGGACGAUGGUCGGCUGUAAACCGAUCCGUGUGAUUAACAUGUCCAGGAUUACCUUAGCUCUGGUAGAAAAUCUGUAUAUACGCGAUAAGUAUAGGUAUAACUCUAGGUCGUAGGUCACGGAGUCUUAGCUGCGUUGCGUAGGUCUUACGAGAGGACACCCACUAACGAUAAACGAAGAGAUGCCCCAUUAAUUAAUUCGAUCGACGGGCCAGGGCCUGAUAAUGAAUACCUAAGAUGGCCACACAAUUAACGAUAUGCGCAGAUUUCAUUUAUCUCGAUGCUGUGGUAAUAGAUUUUUACUUAACAGGAUUGGCAGGCCGUUACUUGUGUCGCCAUUUUGUAUUUUCAACACCCACGACGGAACCCGGCCGAGAUUUCGAGGUUCAUUCGUUCCUUCGAGAUGCAAAGACUAUGAUUACUUCUUCUUUUCUCCUUAUUAACGUAACUGAGCUCCUUUCCAAAGAGAAUCGACGAGCGGUGGGAUUCGCUCGAGGCUUUUGCUUGAAAUCAUCGCAGGCGUGCGUGUACAUCCGCCUUGUCGUCGAGUAUGAACUUUAUCGCAUUAUGGUUAUUGUUAAUAUCAUUACUAUUGUCGCACUUACGAACGAACACACCCUCGAGACGCGUAUGUUAUAUAUAUAUACAUAUACAUAUACAUUCUACGGAAAUAUUUAACCAAGUCGAUGUGCCUGUUUAACGAUUAAUCGUAUUUGUAUAUUAGCGUAAUCACCGAAACGAGGAACUCUGAUAACGCCGGCAGGUCUGGGAGGGAACGAGGCGUCGCUAUCAAAACGUAAAUGUCGAGAGGAUUUCACGUAUAUAGGACGUAUUAUAUACGUUGAUUCGUACUAACGCCGACAUAACGCGUACUCACUCGCAUACGCAUGCUUCCACGUACACGUUAGGUAACUCUUAAUGGCGCCAACCUUUCGGUGGAUCGUAAAAAAGUCAUAUCUUUAUACUUCACCCUGUACGUACACACAGUUUUAUUGUCUAGGAUUCUUAGGUUUCGUUCGGCAUAGUCAUUCUCUUCGGUUCCCUUCGGGCCUUUCUGUACGUUGCACAUUAUGCAUAACAGCAGGCGGACUCCUUAGUUAGGUUAGGUUACGUCGAGCCCGUUUUAUUACCUUUUUUUUUUCUUUCUCUCGGCCGACGAGAUAUUUAGCUGGUUAGGAUGGAAAAUCCAAGGCCAACCGAGAAUGGGGAGGGCAGAGUUAUUCAAGGUCUUUGCGGAUACCUCACGUAAGGAACAGUAACCGUAAACGCAACCGAGGAUUUGCCACCUCGUGGGAAUUAUUUCCGUUGAUUUAUGUAUUUGGCACGGAACUCUACAGAGUUUCUCGAUAGGCUAGCGUACUGAAUUGUCCGUAAUUUGUUUUCUUACCGUUACCCUUACGAUUGCGGACAGGAGUGUGUCUGUAAAGGUCGUAGGAGCGUAAUGGUAAGGACUUGCCAUUUGCAGACGUGGGACGCCAUCUUGGAUUUUCUGGCGACUUCGCCAGUUUUUAAUUACUGUGCUUGCGGUUAUUCCUACGAAAUGUAUCCGCGAUGGCGAUGACUUUGCACCGAGGGCGACGAUCGGGUUUCUGGCGGGAAAUGCGGGGAUGAAUUCACGUCUUGAAUCUCAGAGCUGUUGAAUUCGCGCCGUUGAUGCCAGCGUCGGUGUCCGCCAUCUUGCGCAUCCUCGAAGAUGACUCGUUAGCGUGUUCCACGUGGAAAGUGUGCUUCUUUUCCUUUCUUUCCCCGAUGAUGAAACCUUGAAUCGAUCGCUGGUAUCGGCGUCGUUAAUUCGGGGAUAUUAAACGGACGGGAAGGCAGACGAUUUCUUCGGCCACGUCGCGGAUGUGAGGCUAUCGUAUUUAGGAAUUAAUCGAGCGUUGGCCAACGCGAGCUUUUCGCCUUAGAGUUACUCGCAGUCAUUGUUACAUACAAACCACUUACGGUACGAUUCUAACGACUACACACCAUUAACGGAAUCCAUUUAACGAUAAUUUAAGGACUCUGUGGGUGACGAGUAACGUAACGUAAUUGUAUCGAUGGUUCUAGUUGUGAUAUUUUACCGAUGUAAUGUCGAUUAGUUAAGCGAUGUAACACUUAUCAAACUUUCGUCGGGGGCGUUUUUAGACCGUGGUGGAGAAUAUACCUUGUCUUAACGUUAGCUCAUUAAGGGAUGGUAUACACAGAUAAUCGAUGGCGCCCCGUUAUCACAUAGGUCGUGUUAUCAGCGAUUAUCGAAGCCUCUGGUCGUGAACCGAUCUAAUUGUACAUUAAUUUCUAAUCUGUAGACUUCAAUUGAGGGCAUACCAAAUUCGAGGGAUACUCUUAAGCAACCCUGUAUAUAUAUAUUCUUCUAAUGGUGUAGAUAACGAUUAUGUCGAAUUAAGCAUUGUUCAUUUCUUCUUCAUUGUUGCGACUUCGUUUUCGAGCUCGCUGUUAAUCUCUACCUUGUGGCUCGAGGGCGCCCCAAACGAUACAUAAGAAAUUAUUUUUAAUCGGUUUCUAAUUGUAUAUACAUUUGUUUACUAAACGGGGAUAUUCGUUAGGUAAUAGGUGUAGUGCCUAAAAUGUCGACGGGAUUGUGACUGAGAAUGGCUUGCGAGAAAUCGGUAACGUCGGGAAUAAUCGGAUUUAAGGGUGUCGAUGGAACGGCCAAUCGGGAAUUUUACACUCCUGCAUUUGCAUACAACUUGGAAAAUGUGAAGAUUAAAAGUCUACCAUAUUAAGCGAGAAAAAAGAAAGUAGAAGGUACCUACAUCAUUAAUGUUCACUCCCAGGAAAAUUAAUUUUCAGGAAUUAACGAAUAAACUAGUGACGCGUUACGAACGAUUCUGUUUAUCCGUUGCUGGAAUGCCAAAAAUCUCCAGAUGAGGCUCCUCUCCUGUUUCUUAUUUAAUUCCGAGUAACCUGAAUAUAAACAAAAAUUGUAGUACAUACUUUUAGCCUGGCACGUAUUUAUUUACUAAUUUUUUUUUUUUAAGAAAGUAGACACUCGAUUGGUCGUUAAAAAAAUUUUGGACUCGCCUUAAUCCGGGAGGGGUCGAAAGGGAUUCGCGAUGAAGUGCUUAGAAUCGGCGGGAUUAGUCGUGGUUACUGCGUAAACUAGGGCGAGGAAAAAAGAGGAAAUAAAUAAACAAGUAUAUAUAUAAAAAUAUAUAUAUGUACGAUUAAUGGUAAAUUAUAUUAGGAGCAUAGGGUUUACGAUAUUCAUCACGUUGUGGAUAGCUGACACUACCGUAUAAGUAAACGAUAAUAAGGAGAUCUAGAGCGUAGGUAAUCAGAGAUCACAUAUUUUUGGAGUUAGGUAGAUGGGUGAUAUAUAUUAUACGUGCUCUGUGAAUUUCUUAGACUUCGACUUAGCUAAUUGAGGCCACUUUCCGCGAUCGAGCCGCGAAAAAUCCGCGUGGACGUUGACUUAACGUCGAUUUAGAAUGACAAGGGUCGACAAAUUAUCCAUUAAAGUUACCCUCGAUGAACAUAAUCAUUUCUACAGAUAUUUCGAUUAAUUUGUCGUUCCACUUGUGACUAAGAAAUUUCAGAAUCCCAUCGAGGUAACGCCGCAAAGGUGACGACUUACUUGGGAGGAAUUCGAUUCUCAACUUUGUUAAAAAAUUAGGGGUAAAAAAAAGGAAAAAAAAUCAGUUAAUCGAAUUUUAAAGAAGAAUCCAUCGUGGGGAUUUUUCUCUUACAUACAAUCUAUGAUUACAAUGCGCAAGUUCCGGUAAUUACAAAUAGUGACGAAAAUUGCGGCUUAGAGAUCGCUCGAGCGGGCUCGAUCCGGAAACUGCAACGGCAAAUGGGAUAAACUCAUAGGCUAGACGAUUCGCUGUCUGACUGUUCUUCGAUGUUCUUAAUGUUCACUAUUACGCCGUACCGCCGGGUAAUAUCGCGGGUAAUAUCGCGGGCCCCAACUAUACCUAUUAUCGGAUUGUGCGAGAGCGAUAACGAGCAAUUGCCGCGUCCAAGAUGGCGGCGACGCGUACCCCGGAUCGCACGUUAAAUUCGUGAACAAUUAAUAUUACACUGCAGAGUAGAUAAGAAAAUAACAGGGUGUAACAUCAAUUGUGCACUAAUUUAAUACAAGUACGCGGAUGUUGCACAGAAGCGUACUAGGUAGAAAAAAGUGCGAAUCCGGUCGACGCAUUACCACCCCCGUGUGAUAUCGUUUCAGUCCCCGUAAGGGGGAAAAGUAACGCCUAAGUUUUCAUCCUAGGUUCUAGGGACGUAUCUUUAACAUGUCUAAAUAUUCCUAGAGGAACCGAGGUCACGUCCGGCUGUGUGAAGAAUUUAGAGGGAUGUCCUCAAGGUGUUCUUGGACCCUUGAUAAGAGACCGUUGUCGUUAACAGCGCGUCAUUGUAAAUUGUAUGUUUGUGCCUCGGUGUUCAUGCUCCCUCGCAAGGUGUUUUAGUCGUUUCUCGUGUUCAUCGUCCACUGGGUAGAAGUUGGCGGUUAGGACGGGGUUCCUUCGAUAUUUUUUUUUUCUCCUUCGCUCGCUUGUCGGUUCUUCAAGUUGUUUCUCCAGGGAUGAUUAGUAUUAGUCUUCGUCGCGUUGUGUCUUCACGAUCUGAAAUUAAUCCCGUAAAAGUGUUAAAUUUAUUCAGGGUAACAUCUGUGCUAGGACGUUGAUUAGAGUAAAGGUGUAUUUGGCGCGGGACUCUGCCGAUCCCUGGCGCAGGAAAGAUUUGUACAUUUGUGAAGUUCCCUCUCGCACGUUUUCUGACUCGUUCGCUCGUGGUCGGAAGUUUCUUCUACACUUGAAGACCCUUUGUUUGGAAUUUUAGACUCGCCCAUAUUCACGGUGUCGGUGUCGAUGGCGAAGAAAAAACAGUCCUAAGUUUCGCACCUUGGAUUCGGAGUCGGCCGACGGCGCUCCUUUCUAGAUCUUUUCAUAAACGAUGCCCUCGACGUUGAUACAAAUCUGAGUAAAUCACAAAGUUUAGGGAUUACGAAAGAAAAAGGGGGGGUUACUAAACCACCGCGUUAACGUAAAGGAAGUGAACUUUCCGACUGGCGUUUUAUACAGUAGGAUUAACCGAACGUAUAUUACCAUUUAAACUACGCUCUAUGGAUCUACUGAAUUUGUACCAUAUUAUAAAUACAUUAUAUAUAUACUUUCGUCUAUUUAUCUAUUAUUGUAUCGCCGCUUACUCUGGUUAUCACGAUUGAUUAUCAUUACUUUAAUACGGAUUGUGUGUACAUUUAGUUGCUACGUUUUAGUUACUCGGCCGCCUAAUGUCGCAAGUUGGACGCCGACGUCGUCUCACGAUUUUCCUUAGAGUCCUUUCGAGCGAUUUUCCCAAAUUUUCCGGAUUCUCUCCAGGAAACGGUGAGGCGACGUCGGUGCGCACAAUUGAGAAACGUCCCUGUAUAAUUGCUGAGGCUGAGAGCGGGUUUAGUUGUAUCUGGUAACGAGGAUUUCCUUCCGGAUCUUGAGGACUAAUUAAAUUAUUCGCCAUGCGAUACUUAGCCAUUGUUUCUUCGGCAGUCGACUCUCCCGCUUUAUUUUCACGACCGGCGUCCCUCUCGGUGAAGAGUUCAGCGCGAAACUCCCGAUUAGGAUCGAAUUACUCUGUAUAAUGUUCCUGUACUGCUGGUACUUACACCUCACUAUUAAUAUCAAGACACGUCUUUAACUCUAAACGUGAUGUAUGAGUACGACUUCUAUCAGACGAUUCUAAUGAUAACACAUUUGGUCGUCGUACAAUUCAAAUUUAAAUUAGACAUUGUCUAUAUACCACCAAAGGAUCCUGUCUAUAAAAUCCACUUUGAAGUCAAGCCGAGCAGUGUAGGAAUAUUAAACAUGUGUACCAGGUGCUUCGAGAUGGCUGCGGAACUUGUGCACUAUUCUGCAUUAGCCAUGACAUGCUUGCGCUUCGACCGGCUAAAAAGAGCAAAAGUUAAGGUCGUCAUUAAGUAGGCAUGCAAUAGAUAAUGCGUUUAGUCGUGCGACAUGCCUGGAGGAUUUUGGGCCAUCUAAUGCAACUAGAGGAUGCAUAUUCGAAGACUUGUCAUGUCUUGUCGUGUCUCAAAUAGCAAUAAACAAAUCAAGAUGGUGGCACCUGAGCUACCGAGAACACGUCACGGUUCCCUUGAAACAUAUCUAAAACGAUCGCAAACUGCAUAAACUUAUACCCAAGAAAAAAAGAGAAAUAGAAAAUCCAUUUUGCCCACUUUGCACACAUUUUAGGGCAUCCUCUUGUUGCGUUGUUAUCUUGAAAUUUCCCGGCAAACGUCCAGUGCCAUCGGGUACGAUCUUCGGCUGAUAACACCGCCAUUGAUUAUUUAGCGCGAUCGUCCUGAUACAGUCCGGCAAUCCUUGGUGAAUCCGCGACUGUAAAGAA